GCCUCGAAACAAGGAUCCAGGCAGCUCAGGGCUAAGCUUUUCGGUUCGACCCAACGCCAGGUACGCCACGGGCCGCGCGGGCAGACACAGGUGGACCUGCAAACGGAAUGGAGGACGAUGAGAGUGUGCCCCCAGAGACUCAGUGUUGACAUUCUGGCCCCAGGCUCCAGCUUUGUUGAGGCCCCGUUGCGUCGGCGUUCAUGAUCAGACCUGCCAGCUGUCUCGGCCGUCGAAUUCUGGGGCGGGAAGCAGGAACAAGUGGAGGAGGCUUGAGAUACCGCUGGGAUAGGCGACACGCCCCGUGGACAAGAAAGAGUUCCUUUUCUCUGCGGUUGUUUGCCGCGCCUGUUCUACGGCUUACUGAUGGACUCUUUGCGAAGCUGUGGUUGUGUGGCAGCAGUAGGGCGUUGUUGCAUCCUUCUCUUGUCCACCACCACCAUACACUGGCUACGUCGCUGCAGGGAAUUCGCAGUCGCGGCCGGCUACCUGCAAAGGAUCAGAGGAGCUUUUCGGGUGCCUGCUCGCCUGCUUUACUGACCUGGUCGGCGUGCAAACGCCCCAUGCACGAUGUUGCCACUGAGAUCGCUCCUCAAUCCGGACCCCCCUGACAGGCGGUCCGACCGACGACGUCUGCCAGCCCAUGCCCUGCCCAUGGCCUCAGCCCGCGAAACUCAGUCGACCUUGGCAACAACGAUGGAGAAACACCGACUUCCAAGCAGAAGAGGUUCCAGGAAUGCAGCAUACGUACCGCGAUCUAAGACACAAGGGCCGGUCAGAUAUCCUCCUUUCGAAGACGUCAGCGAUGCAGCCGCCCGGGAAGUCGCCAAAUACGAAAUUGAUGCGUUUGGCUACAUCCAGCAGUGUUGUGAGCACAUACCCUAUAACAGCACGAAAAAGGACUUCUUCGAAAAGACUGGCCGGGAGAGCAUCGAAGCGUUUUCUUAUGAGUUUCGCAUUCCCGGACAGCAGCUGAAGUACAAGGUGAUGUGGGACUACAACAUUGGACUUGUUCGCAUGACGCCGUUUUUCAAGAGCCUUGGAUAUGCCAAGACGAAACCAUCGCAGAUGCUGGACAAGAAUCCGGGGCUCAGAGACAUCUCCCCCAGCAUUACGGGAGGUUCAGUAGGCGCGCAAGGCUAUUGGAUGCCGUUCCGUUGCGCCAGAGCAGUCUGCGCCACGUUUUGCUACGACAUCGCCGGGGCGUUGAUUCCACUGUUUGGGCCCGAGUUUCCGAUGGAGUGCAUUCCCGCCACUUACCCCGAGUUUGGAGAGAUGAUUAUCAACCAACAGUUGGUGAUGGAGGCCACCAUGGAGGCCGAGGCCUCCCGAGAUGCCUACCUGUCAAGGAAAGCCACGACACAGAACGGGCUGCUCAUGUAUGUGCCCCACGACAGCCAUCGAGCGGCGCGCGGCGAGGAACUACAUCCCUACCUGAGGCCUGGCGGUUUCUCGCCAUGGACGCCGAUACGGAGGAACAAUUCCGGUGCGCGGCCGGUCAGGCACGAACUUUUCCCUCCCCACGGCCACAGGACGACGAGGACGUAUCCGUACGCUGGCGGGGUCAGUCUACCUCCCAUCCACCCCCGACAGGAAGAAGCACAGUCACAAGGCCCGAUUUCAUAUUGGGAUCCCUUGCAUAGAGACAGCAUUGACGCGCCUGCGACGGCGUUCAUACCAGGCGACUGGGAGCGUCGCUAUGCCGGGGCAUCCGCCCCUGAGCCAAGACCGGGCUUUGCAGCGUUCUCCUCGUCACCAGCACGAGAGGACGCGGCGGCCACAAGGAGCGGCAAAGACGAGAAACGAACGGGCAAUGGUCUUGUCGCGGAUUAUGCCGCUGCUGCGACGCUGGUGAGGUUGCAAACAGAGGACCAGGAGGCGCCGGGACUGACGGACGGGCCCGCCCCCGUCGGGUCACAAGACUCAUUACCGGGGCAUGCGGGCAGAUGGACGCAGCGGCCGGGUCGUGCCAGGUCGUGCUAAUGAUGAAACGAUCAGAGCGGGCAGUAUCAACUGUGCGUUGGGACUGACAUUGAAGGCGCCAUGCGGGUGACAGGGGCGAGGCAGGGUGUUGGGGAGAAGUAGAGGAGGGUCGCAAGAGGCAUGACACAAGUUUGGGCAUCACGGCGGGGGGCGGUGGAGGGCGU